AUGGUUGAGGCAACUGAGGCUGAGAAAGGGUCAGUGAUCGUCCUAGGUGAUUCUCCUAUCUCAACUUCCCCUUCAUCUCCUCUGGCUCUCAGGAAGCCUGAGGACCCAGACAGCCCCAUUUAUUCAGUCCCCCUAGCGUUAUACCCCAAGCCGUGGCUGGAGGCUCAGCCAGCUGCAGUUGUGACCCCCGGGGUCAACGUGACCUUGAGGUGCAGGGCACCACAACCUGCCUGGAGGUUUGUACUCUUCAAAUCUGGAGAGAUUGCCUCCGUUCUGCAACGGAAUGUAUCCAUGGAGUUGGCAGAGUUCUUCCUGGAGGAGGUGACCCUGGAACAGGGAGGCAGUUACCGCUGCUGCUACCAGAGGCGAGGCUGGGGGCCAACUGUCUGUUCCCACCCCAGUGAUGCCCUGGAACUGCUGGUGACAGACGAGCUGCCGCGCCCGUCGCUGGUGGCGCUGCCCGGGCCGGUGGUGGCGCCCGGCGCCAACGUGAGCCUGCGCUGCGCCGGCCGCCUGCGGGGCAUGAGCUUCGCGCUGUACCGCGAGGGCAUGGCGGCGCCGCUGCAGUACCGCCACUCGGCGCUGCCCUGGGCCGACUUCCCCCUGCUCGGCGUCCGCGCCCCCGGCACCUACAGCUGCUACUACCACACGCCCUCCGUCCCCUACGUGCUGUCGGAGAGCAGCGAGCCGCUGGUCAUCAGCUUGGACGGCUCCAGCUCCUUGGACUACACCCGGGGCAACCUCGUCCGCCUGGGACUGGCUGGCCUGGUCCUCAUCUCCCUGGGCACACUGCUCGUUUUCGACUGGCGCAGCCAGAGUCCCGCCCUUGGUAGCGCCUGGCCCUGAGCCCCAGAGGACUGGAUAUAGAUGCCUGGAGAGUGAGAAGACUUCCUAGAGAGGGCAGAGAAGACGCAGGGAUCCCUUGGGUUGGACUGGCCCUUCCAGGAGCUCCACAGGUCUCCUGACCGAGCCCAGCUUCCCAAGUAAUAAUAACCUUUGUACUGUGCACUCUAUCUUCUUUCUGGAUCAUUUCUCCAGGACCCCCAAUCAGUGGAAUGAACUAUCAGUGGUACCUGAUAGGUUAAGGCUUCCUAUCCAAAAGACCUGGGUUCGAAUCCCAGUGCUGCUGCUCACUCACCGUGGGACGUUAUGAAAGCGACCUUCCACAAACCUCAAUUGCCUUGACUGUAAAAUGGGCGCACUGAUAAUACCCACCUCAUAGGAUUGUUGUAGGAUUAAGUGCACAAUACACAUCGAGCGUUUUAAACAGUGCCUGACCCAUAGUCAAUGCUCAAUAAACGUUAGCUAUUGUAUAACCACGAUUUCUACCAGACUCGCA